AUGUUCAUAUCUAUCUAUCUGUCUAUCUAUCUAUUAACCUCUUUCUUCUUAUAUCAGUCUCUAUGUGGUCAUCUGCAUUAUCUUUUUUCUCUAUAUCACUCUCUUCCUAUCUAUCUAUCUAUCUAUCUAUCUAUCUAUCUAUCUAUCUAUCUAUCUAUCUCAGUCCUUUUCAUAUCUAUCUAUCUAUCUAUCUAUCUAUCUAUCUAUCUAUCUAUCUAUCUAUCUAUCUAUCUAUCUAUCUAUAAACCUGUUUCUUCGUAUAUCAGUGUCUAUCUGUUUAUUUGUAUUCUCUGUUUCUCUCGAUAUCACUAUCUAUCUAUCUAUCUAUCUAUCUAUCUAUCUAUCUAUCUAUCUAUAAACCUGUUUCUUCGUAUAUCAGUGUCUAUCUGUUUAUUUGUAUUCUCUGUUUCUCUCGAUAUCACUAUCUAUCUAUCUAUCUAUCUAUCUAUCUAUCUAUCUAUCUAUCUAUCUAUCCUCAUCUCUUCAUAUCUAUCUAUCUAUCUAUCUAUGAACUUGUUUCUUCGUAUAUCAGUGUCUAUCUGUUUAUUUGUAUUCUCUGUUUUUCUUCGAUAUCACUAUCUGUUUAUUUGUAUCUAUCUAUCUAUCUAUCUAUCUAUCUAUCUAUCUAUCUAUCUAUCUAUCUAUCCUGUUAUUCUACGAGAUCCUCUUAAACUUGUCUAA